ACCGACAUAAUCAUCAAAUGUACUCACGAUUAUCGAAUGGAACAUUGGCCAGAGUGCCAACCGCCGGACCAUUAACUUCGCUCGACAGGGACCGUCUGGCCACCACUGCUAUCAUAAUGGGCACAACGCACCGCUGUCAAUGCAAUUUAUCGCUGGAACCUUCAUUUUUAUUGAGCGAAAAAUAAGCUGGCGCAGGCUUCUUCGUUUGCUUUCUUCGCGCUUGUACAUUGUAGGUGCCACUGACUUUUAACAUGUGACAGAAGGGAACUGAUUCCCUGCGUCGACAAGGUUCACUUCAGGGCACUUCUGCCCUGGUUCACUUCCACCUCCAGCUCUCGCGUGUUUUCAGACUGUACAUUGAUGGGCGUUUUAAUUGCAGCCAUCCAACUAUACGGGGCCCUGAUGGUCGUGCGCGUGGUAUGGGGCAGUUUGGCACUUAUUAUAGCCUGCGUGGCGACUCUAAUUCGCGCAGUGCUGUCUAUCGGUCGCGUGCUGCAGCUGCUAUGGCUCCCCCCAAACGCCUCCACCUACACGGGACCCGGCACUUGGUGGGACCUCGCCUGGCGGCUACUCACGUUGAGGCCUCUGUUUGGACUGUUUGCUCGCGGCACGUUCAUGCGAGCUUACGCCCUGAUAGUCAUUCCGGUCCUGGGCGUGUGGGCCGUCGGCAUCGCUGCCCUGCUCGCGCGCGCGGACCUGCUGAAGCCCCUGGUCAAAUCGCUGCCGCUGCUGUCGUGUGUGGCGCUGUGUCUGAUGUCGCUGGCUCUGGCUGACGACGCUGUGCGGCGCCUGCUGCUGCCGGGGCGGCUGUGCAUGGCAGCGCUGCGGGGCAGUGCCGCGGCCUGGAUGGGGCUGCUCGGGUGGCUGGGCACAAUGGCGCAGUUUGAGCCGGGUGUGUCCAAGUAUGAGGUGGCGGAACUGUCAUCGGUGCUUGCGCUGUGCAGCGGGGCGGCGGUGUUUGGCUCGGGCGGCGGCACGCUGCUAUGGCACAACGGAAGCUGGAAGACAGCUGCCAGCCUAGCUGGAGCAGAGCCCGCGGAGCGUCUUGCGUUCGUCGGCUACGGCACAGCAGCACUGCUGGCGGCGGCCGGCUGCGUGUCGGCUCUCACGGGCGACAGCGUUGUGCUGCCGCUGCUGCGCGCACUGCUGCGGGCGUUGGACGCAGUUUUGAGGGUGCGGCCGGCGCUUGAGGCGGUGGCGCGGUGUGUGCGCUGGCUGGCGGCGCAGCCAGCCCUGCGCGAGGGCAUCGCGGCAGUGGAAGCCGUCGACCAAAUGGUAACCCGAUACCUGGUACAAGCCUGGAACAACGUUGUGGAGGCAGUGCGGUUGGUGUGCGGCGCUCUAGUGGCCGCGACACGGGUGUUCCGCUUGCGCUUGUGGCCAAGCAUCCACGGGGGAUGGACAGCUGUGCGGCAAGGUGUCCUGGAGCCUCUGGGGCGCGCAGUGCGGGCCAUCGCAAAUGCUUCCGUGCGCGCCGGCGUCUCAACUGCCAAAGCCACACAUCGGUACGUGCUGAAACCCGCCGCAACAGCUGCCUGGCGCCUGGUCGCAUUGGCCUUCCAACUAGCAGUGCGCAUUGGCCGGCUGCUGCUGCGGCUGUACCGGCUACUGUUGCUGCCGGUCCUGCGGGUGGCGGGCGAUGUGGUGCGCCGCUUCCUGGCGCCGCUGCUGUGGCCGGCGGGCAGCGUAGCGGGCACUUGGUGGUUCGCGCGCCAGGCGCUGCUACAGAGCGCGCCGCUGCCCUUCGGCGCGGCGGCGGCUAUGGGCGGCGUGGUGGUGUGCCUUAUGGCGGGAAAGAGCAUGCGGAAGACGCGCUGGCCGGCGCUGUCUCGCCUGGGUGGCGGCCUGGAGUCGGUGGCGGCGGCGGCAUACCUCCAUCUGGACCUAGGUCUCGGGCGCCUUGUGCACUGGCUGGCGCUGGCGACAUACUGGGCGCUGUCGGUUGUGGCGGCCGCCGCAGUGGCCACGGGCCACUGGGCGCUGGCGCUGGUGACGGGGCCGGCGCUGGCGCUGCUGGCGCUGAUGCUGACCACCACCUGGUGGGCGGUGGACCUGGCAGUGCGCAUCGCGGAGCCGUACGCACAGGCCGGAUGGAGGCUGCUGCGAGGCGUGUGGCGCAACCCCGCGCUGUCGCUGCUGCUGUCCACCGCCCUGCUGGUGGCGCUGUACGGCGCCCACCAGGCGGGGCUGCCGGCGGCGGCGUGGCGAGCGGUGGCCGCCGCCGUCUGCACCGGCUGCAGCCUCCUGUACCGGCUGCUGAAGCUAGGCCUUACGCCGGCGCUUCGGUUGCUUCGGCUGCUGCUGCUACGCACCGCGGCGCUCCUGGGGUUGUCAGCGGACGCCUCAGCGGCAGCGCUCGUGAGCUCAUCGUCUGCGCUGGCGUCAUGGGGCUCGCAGGCCACCGUGGACGUGUCGUCGCUCUUCGCCUCACGCGGGUUCGCAACCGUAUUCGUCGGCCUGCACCUGGCACACGCGCUAGUGCUCAGGCACUGGGCAAAGGAGGUGCUACGGGCUCAGGGCGGCGGCGGCAGGCUGGGUGCAGCAGCAGGAGACGAGGCAAUCAAGCACGUGGUCAGCUUCGUGGCGCGGAGCACGGCAAAGGUUGCGCUGGGCCCAAUGUACGUCACCGCCGCGGCCGCGUUCCUGGCGGGCGGCGCAGCUGGCGGCGUGGCCACCCGGCUGGCGGGGCUGACGGCGCCGGUGCUGUGGGCAGUAUACCUUGCAGCGCUGUGGGUGGAAGGAGUGCGGCGUGUGGAGCUGUCGUACGGCACCGAGCAGAGCUCGGAGUUUGCCACAGCGCUGCGGUCCCUGCGUGAGCGGCGGCGGAGCCCCGAGAGUGCUACUGCAACCACGGCCGCGCAGCAGCCGGAAACAGCACCUGCGCCGCCAGCCAUGGCCUCGGCCCCGGCCGGAUUAACUCCGUCACAGCAACCGCCGCGGCAACCCCAGGAUCCUGCAGCACAGAGGCUCCUGGCGGACCUGCGGUCACAACCCCCGCCUAAGCAUGUCUUCCCGUCUGACUCAUGCUCUGUGUGCUUUGAUGAGUUGGGGGCUGAGUCCGCGUCAUCAGAGGCGCUGCUCGCUGCUAUGGCGCAAAACGGGUCGAGAGGUGGCACUGGUAGCGCUGGUAGUGGUGGCCUGGGGGCAAUGGCGAUAGAGGAGGAGGAAGGGAACCAAGCACUGCUGGUGUUGCGCUGCGGACACGUGUUCCACCAAGAGUGUGUGCUGCUCUGGCUGCAGCGCAACCCACGCUGCCCCUGCUGCCGCGAGCCGGCCGUUGGGCGCGCCCGCCAUACGAACAUGCUAUUCUGAUGCUCUGACUCGUGAGAUAGUCGUACGCCCCCCCUCUCUUUGUAACUCGUGGGCGUU